AUGGGAUUACCAUUUGAACUUCCAGCAGACAAUCCAAUUGUCUCAACGUUUAAUAAACUUUUAGUUACUUAUCAUAAAUUUGUUGAUGAAUCAGUUCCACAUACCAAAGGUAGAUGGAUUUCAUUUGGAAUUUUAAUUUCAAUAUUUCUAUUAAGAAUUAUAUUUGCUCAAGGAUGGUAUAUCAUCUGUUAUGCUUUAGGUAUAUAUUUAUUGAAUUUAUUUUUAGCAUUUUUAACACCUAAAUUUGAUCCAUCAUUAGAACAAGAAUUAAAAAACGAAUCUAUUGAAGAAGGUCUUGAAGAUGAAUCCAAUGUUAAUAUUGACGAUAAUGAUAAAGAUGAUGAAUUUAGACCAUUUAUUAGAAGAUUACCUGAAUUUAAAUUUUGGUAUAAUGCAGUUAGAGCAACUCUGAUUGCUUUAAUUUUAACAUUUUUCAAUAUUUUUGAUAUUCCUGUUUUUUGGCCAAUUCUUGUCAUGUAUUUUAUUAUUUUAUUCACUUUAACCAUGAGAAGACAAAUACAACAUAUGAUUAAAUAUAAAUAUCUUCCAUUUGAUUUUGGUAAGACCAAAUAUAGAAGAAGUCAAUAA